CGGAAACAAGGUGUACUAUAAGUCGGUAGCGCUGUUCGGCUGUAAUUCGGAAAAAUCUGGUGACCUCUGAUAAAUCUUUGCUUUUUUGCUAUUCUUAUCGGCAAUGAGUAUUCUAGCGAUCGCAUCACUGGUUGUUGUGGCGGCUGGCUUCGUUGCCGGUCAGACUGUCAAUCCCGACACGACUGUCGCCGCCACACAGCAGCAGAUCGUGGAUCUGCAUAACGCUCUGCGUCGCAAAAAUCCCUCUACGGGAUCUUUCGAGCUUUCCUGGGACUCUGAAGCCGCUCAGAAGGCCGCUGAUUGGGCCGCUCUUUGCCACUUUUGGCAUCCUAAUUCCACGACGGAUCAGCCUCUGUAUCGCAAGACCAGCAAGUACGAUUUGGGCCAAAACCUGUACAGCACCAGCGGUGGACCCGUGAACUGGCAGAGUGCCACAGACAACUGGUACAGCGAAAUCGCUGAUUUUAUUUAUGGUCAGCCACCCAAAAACAGCAAAGCCGCUGUCGGACAUUAUACCCAGAUUGUUUGGAAUACAACGUUCGUUGUGGGAUGUGCCUAUAAGGACUGCGGCAGCUUUAAAUUCUACGUUUGCAACUAUGGUCCAGCUGGCAACAUUUCACCAAACCUGUAUGCUCCCUAUGAAGCUGGGACAGCGUGUGCCAAAUGCACCGGUGAAACAACUUGCCGUAACGGAUUAUGCCUUAAUCCUUGUCCGGUGACGAACACCUUGUCGAACUGCGACACAUCCGUUGUCGUUGGCGGCAAGACCUAUCCUCCGUUAGGAUGUACAACGGCUUACGCCAGCCAGUGCCAAGCUACCUGUCAAUGCAAAGGCAAAGGAAAACUGUAUUAAGAACGACGAAUUUACCGUUAAUUAUAGUUAGUCCCUAGUUUGUGUCCUCCUCUAGUGCUUUCCUGCUUACUGAUCAUUCUUCUUACGUACGCUGUGUAACAGACAAAAUUAAUCUGCCAUUUUUAUCUCUUUCACGCUGGUGGCUCCCAUGCGCGUGCGAGAAAUACGAGUGCCAUCAUUAUCUGCAUGAAGACGUCAGAUAAAGAAUCUCUAGCAUGG